CCGCCAAAACAAACCAAACCACGAAAAAAAUAUUGUUAUAUAAUUAAUUUGAAGGCAGAGCAGAGCGGAGCCAGAAGCAAGCAAGAGAUAUUUUUUUCCAAUGAGGAAGAGAGAGAAAGAGAGUUUAUGUAUGUAAAUUAGUGCUAGUGAGAUGUGACGCGUGUCCGUUCGCCAGCUGUAUCCCAACCCCAACCGCUUCCCACUUCCCUCGAACCAUCCAUCCUUCCUUUCACCGGCUCUCCCGGUCACCUCCUCACUUCUCUCUCUCUCCCUCACAUAUAUAACAGAUAUAUUCACUUCCUUCUCCAUCUCCAAACAAAACAAAACUCCCUCUCCCUCCUUUCUAUCAUUUUCUCUACCUGCAAUCAGACAAUCUCAAUCGCCGGCCAAAACCUCCAUUCUGUUCCUUCAUUCCUUUUUAUGUUAGUCUGAGAUAGAUCAUUGAAAUGGCUGUCACCGGAAAAGAUAUAGAUCGGAUCAAAGGUCCUUGGACCCCCGAGGAAGACGAUAAGCUCCACCGCCUCGUCGACAAGCACGGCCCGCGGAACUGGUCGCUGAUCAGCAAGUCCAUCCCCGGCCGUUCCGGAAAAUCCUGCCGCCUCCGGUGGUGCAACCAGCUCUCCCCCCAGGUCGAGCACCGCGCCUUCACCGCCGAGGAGGACGAGGCGAUUGUCCGAGCCCACGCCCGGUUCGGGAACAAGUGGGCGACGAUCGCCAGACUCCUCCAGGGCCGCACCGACAACGCCAUCAAGAACCACUGGAACUCCACGCUCAAGCGCAAGUGCUCCUCCUCUUCCUCGUCCGACGGCGGCGGGGAAGGGUACGAUGGUAAUUUGGCGGAUUGUUGCCAGCCGCUGAAGAGGUCGAUGAGUGCGGGAUCCGGUGUGCGCGUCUCCACGGGGCUUGCCAUGAACCCGGGGAGUCCAUCUGGAUCUGACGUCAGCGACUAUUCCAGCGUGCCAGCUCCUCCUCCUCCUCCUGUUUUAUUAUCCGCCGUUGCUGCCCCACACGCCUUCAGACCCGUGCCUAGAAGCGGUGGCGUGGUCUCACCGGCCGACGCUACGGCGACCGCAACGAUGACACCGUCCAGAAACGGAGGCCCUCCCACUUCCUUGUGUCUGUCCCUCCCAGGGGCAGAAUCUCCGUCAGAGGUCUCGGCUCCUCGCGUCCCCGAGCCAACAACUCACCGUCAUCACCAUACUGCUACUGCUGCCAACACGGUAGCGUCGUUACCGCCGAUGAGCCCUCCGGCGCCUAUCCCAGCGGUGAGCAGUCAAGUGGAGUCUUUGGGGUUCAGCCCGGAGUUCAUGGCGGUGAUGCAGGAGAUGAUAAAGAGGGAGGUGAGGACAUAUAUGAUGGAGCAGAGGCAGAUGGGCGUCGGCAGCGGUGGUGGGAUGUGUUUUCAGGCGGCGGCAGGGAGUGGGUUUAGGAAUGUUGCGGCGGUGAUGAAUAGGGUUGGGGUUGGGAAAUUUGAGUAGAGUGUAAUUGGUUAGGCAAGAAGAAACCAAAAACUGGACGUAGUUGGUGGAGAAGAUGAGUCUGGGAGGGACGUAGUUGGUUGUUUUUUUUUUUUUUUUUGUCGCUUGGGGAGAAGGGGAAUAAUUUUGAAGGCGCCAUUGUACAGAGGAAAAAUGGAAGAGGUAAAACAAGGAAGUUGGGGGAUAGUUGCAGGAGAACGAAUAUAAGAACAAAUAUGUAUGUGACUGUGAGGUUAAGUUAAAAGUUGGGCAUAGAAUGGCAGCAGUCUCUGGCUCUGCUGUGGAAACAUUCGUAAGCAAGCAAGCAAGCAGCAUCAUAUGAACUGAAACGGCAGGUGAGGAGAAGGCGGUUUGGCAGAGUUGGGCUACUACUAAACUAAUGAACAAGGUUGUCAAACCGGUUUGUGCCAAUGUGCCGGUUUAGCAAGUAGAAUGGUUCGACCGGUGGUACAUUUCGAUUUGUGUCGGUUCAUGCCGGUUAAUAUUAUAAAUAAUUUACAAACUC